AGACGUGCAUCUGAAGCAAGGAUCGGCCACAAGCCCAGCCGAGGGUGUGUGGAAACGACACCCCCCCCCCCCACCCGCCGCCUCUAAAAAACGUAUAAAGAACAGGAAGAAGAUCACAUGUUAUAAUAAUCCCCUUUGCAGCCAGACAGGACCGGAGGGCAGAGCUGGCCAGUUAGGACGGAGAGAUGUGCUAGCUGCUGAAGGGAGGCAGAGAGAAAACUUGAAGAUUACUAAAUAGCACUACGAGGGGGCGAAACCCCUGUCCAGAUAGGAAAAGGGAGGCUUUCUCGCCCCCUUUUUUCUGGAAGGCAUAUGGGAGGGAGGAAUAGUUCCUCCAACCCCCUCCUCUCACACCCGAACCCCCAGCUCCCCUAAACCAAAUGCUCCCCCUAAACCCCCUCCCCACCAAGAACCUAAUCUGUCAUAAUUUCCAGGAACAAAUCAAGUCCCAGGAGGCAGAGAAGAACAGCAAAAGGGGGCAAUCGAUUCUGUGUGCAUUGACACCAGUGGUGACUUCAUUAUUACCCUUUGACGACCAGUCUGUGAAGCUAGCCCCUUGGUGGAGAAGUGAGAGCAGGGACAGCAAGAGAGAGAGAGAGAGAGAGAGAGGAAUAAUUGUCCGAUCAUCUCUCAGAAAGAAAAGCAAACUUGGUUCUUCCUAUGACCCUCUGCCUCAGGGAGCAAAAGGGAAGAGCGCACUGUCUAGGACAAAAUUCAUAACAAAGCAAGGGUGCAUAGCCCCUAAUUGCACCCCCAUUAGCAGCGGGGGGGGGGGGCGUAGGGAGGGGAUAAGGGGGGCGGAGGACCCAAGAAGCAAGGACCGCAAAUGAAAGUGAAAGAUUAAAAGAGCAAGUAAAAUAACUGCAUAUUAUCAGAUCUGACCGGAGACCUGAGCUUUGCUUUGCUUCCUCAGUGAUGGUUUGUCUCAGGGCUCUGUCAGAGAUGUGAAUUUCACCUACUUUCUGGAUGCAAAGGGGUAACAUCUAUCCAUUCAUUUAUUUAUUUGGAAGCAAUGUGGGUCACACAUAUAGAAGCCAUCUGAGACCUGGAAAGCUGUCUGGAUUCUAAAUAAAACAAGAAGAAUGAGACACCAGCCAGGACCCCUGCCCUGAGAGGAAGGUGAAGAAAGAAAGAAAGAAAGAAAGAAAGAAAGAAAGAAAGAAAGAAAGAAAGAAAGAAAGAAAGAAAGAAAAUAUGCAGACACCAAACCUGUAGAUUUAUGAAAUUCUUUUUGCUCCACUAAGGACAGAUAUUUUCCCCCUUACAGACAUGCAGCAUAAAGGCAUCAUGCUGAUUGUGUUCUUGGAAUACAUUGUUUCUGGUCACGGUGAGGCAGAUCCAGUAAAGCUACGAACCUUCCGCUGUGAUGGCCACUCCUGCAAUCCUCCUGUAGGGAAUCUAGCAACAGGCAGGACUCCAGUGUCUCUUACCACAUGUGGGCAGAACAGCACAGAACUUUACUGCUUCUAUCCAGACCAGAACCUCCUUCACUGGGCCUCCGAAGGCUGUGGGCAGCCCCGAUGCACUAAAUGCAAUGCCAAUCAGCCUGAUAACUCCCACCUUCCCUCUGAUAUGACAGAUAAUUUCUUCCUAAACCCUGGCUCCUGGUGGCAGUCUGCACAAGGGGUACACAGGGAAGAAAUCAGGCUGGACUUGGAAACAGCAUUCUACCUGACUCAUGUCAUAGUUGUGUUCAAGUCACCUCGCCCAGCUGCUAUGGUAUUGGAGAGGUCUCAGGACAAUGGACAGACCUGGAGGCCCUACAGAUAUUUUUCUGUCAACUGUACAGCAACGUUUGGGCUUCAAGAUGAUCUUAUUGAAGAGGGCUCUCUGUGCACUUCCAGGUAUUCAGAUGCGGUGCCUUGCACGCGAGGUGAGGUGAUCUAUCGUGCCUUAACUCCAACCAACAAGAUUGAAGACCCAUAUGGUCCUGAGGCCCAAGACCUCCUGAAACUCACCAACCUGCGCCUCCUUUUGUUAAAAAGGCAGGAGUGUCCCUGCCAAGGCUUGGGAUUGCUGGAGAAACCCCAGAGGUUUGCCCACUAUGCUAUCUAUGAUCUGAUUGUCCGGGGAAGUUGCUUCUGUAAUGGGCAUGCAGAAGAAUGCCAGCUUGCCAAUCGGACAGGGAACAGAGAGAAUGUGGUCCAUGGGACAUGUGUGUGCAGACACAACACAGCAGGGAACCACUGUGAGAGGUGUGCACCAUUAUACAAUGACCAGCCUUGGAAGCCAGGAGAUGGAAAAACUGGGGCACCAAAUGAAUGCAAAAAGUGCCGCUGUCACAACCAUGCUGAUAGCUGUCACUUCAACCUGAGUGUUUGGCUGGCAUCUGGGAAACACAGCGGUGGAGUAUGUGACAACUGCAAACACAACACGGAGGGACAUCGAUGUCAAAGGUGCAAACCAGGAUUUUACAGAGAUAGGGGAAAACCUAUGUCUUCCCCAGAGGUCUGCAAACCUUGCUCCUGUCAACCUAUGGGAUCGGCCAAUGCAACCUUCAGCAGAAGCUGGCGGUGCCACCCAAAGACGGGGUUCUGUUACUGCAAGCCAGGCGUGGCAGGCCCGAACUGUGACAGAUGCCUUAUGGGAUACUGGGGCCUUGGAGAAAAUGGCUGUCAUCCUUGUGACUGUGCCAGAGACUGCGACCCCCACACUGGAAACUGUUUCAAUGGUUAUGAAAAUGAGCCAUUUUUCAACAUCCCCAUGGGUGGGCGAAUCCCUGACCUCCUACAAAUGCCAGCCAAUGAAAGCGAUGAGUGGAAAUGGAAUGAUCAUGAGCAGGGAUUUUCUGCAUUGAGACAUCCAGAAAAGUGUGUGUGCAAAGAGAAAGAGCUCGGAAGUGUCACUGAUUUCUGCCAGAUGAAAUACGCAUAUGUGAUAAAGGCAAGAAUCCUAUCGGCUCAUGACAAAGGAACCCAUGCGGAAGUUGUAGUGAAGGUAAAGAAGGUCCUGAAAUCAGGCAAAGUGAAAAUUGCCCGGAGUAACAGAAGUAUCUAUCCGGAGUCCUGGACCAACAGGGGAUGUACAUGUCCCAUUCUCAAUCCUGGAACAGAUUACCUGAUAGCAGGCCAGGAGGACUCAAGGACCAGCAAACUCCUCGUGAAUAUGAACAGUCUGGUGAAACCCUGGAAGGCAUAUUUGGGAAAACAAGUAGCAGACAUUCUUCGAACUGGGUGCAAAUAAUUUCUUCUUCAGAAGUUAAAGUCAUAAACUUUAUAUUUUAAUAACACUGUGGUGAAAGGUGUAGCUAGUUCAUAUAUUACCAUGCAACACCUUCCUAGCUAAGGGGACAAAAGUGGACUUACCCUCCUUUCCCUCAUUAUGUGUUUAAACCAGGAAUCCUUGGACAUAACUUUUCUUCCAUAAUUACACACUGUCUUAUAUGAAAUUAACCAACACAUCACAUAUAGGUUACAAAUCACAGUUCUUAGCUUGAAGCCAUUUUCACAGCUCCCAGAGAUUCACUCUCAGGGGAGAAGCAGAAGCUAUGGUUUAUGUGUUUCCACUCUUCAGGAAUGAAUCUGGUAUCGAUACUUAUAAACCGCUUGCAUAGUGCAGUCAUUACUCCGGUGUCAUUUCUUUAUUUAAGUGGCCAUUAAUGGGCAAAAAAAUUUCAGCUUUGCACGUGGCAAAAUAUUAAACAGUCAGCAUGUCAAAUGACACUUGAUUUGUUUGAAAAGAGCUGAGUUAUUUUAUUUUACCAAGCAAACUGCAGUUAGAUCAAUAUAAGACACGUUGCUUUCUCGAGUGAAAAUAUCACAUUGCUGCACAGAGACUAAUGCUGGAACUUUAUCUGGUGAGGGCCUCUACAGAUGGGAGUUGUCAAAGUCAAUGCCUAAUGUGAAAGCACUUCUGGUUCAGUGUGGAAUCCUGACGCCGCACUCAUCUAUUCUAUCAAAGGUCUCCUCGUUCUUUGCUAUUUGUACUGUCACACAACAGGUUUCAGAAUGACUGCUGCUAAAAAGCCUUGUGCCAGUACAGUAGUGUCAAGCUGCAGCUCCAGACCCAUAGGAGAAGGUGAUGGAAGCUGGCCCAGAUCUGAGUUUGUGAAGCUACAGUAGAUAGAGGUGUGAAGGGGCAGCAGGCUGUGCCAAUUUGAGGAUUAAGCAAGGUGUUGAUGUCUCAUAGGGCAGCUACCUUGUUAUUUUGAUCAAUGCCCUUGAGGCCAUGCUCAUUAUUUAAUUGUCGCUACCGUUUUCACUCUGCUGUUACUCUUGCCCCCUUUGUGUGUUGUACUGUAAUAGUCAAGUGAUGUUACCUUUCAGUUGUGCUUGAAGUUUGUUUAGCGUGAGAAGCAGGGGUGGUAGCAUCUCCACUCUAAGUAAAGUCCUGCUGUUCUGCAGAAGGAGUCCCCAGUAGAUUUAUUUUAGUCUGUUCCACAGUUAGUAAGAAGCCAGUCCGUGGAAAUGUGAGUUCCUCAGAGUACAGUGGGGAGGGGGAAGGGAACGAUCUCCUCCCGGUCUCUGCCCAAGUGACAGGAAACUCAUGACCAAACUGAGAGGGUAAAGGAGUAUGUUCCUUUGAUAAGUGAAGCAUCAAUCAGAACUCUGUUCAAAGAUAUCCUUUUUUUUGUUUGUUCAUAUAUGCAGCUUUUGCACAUCUUUGUCUAUGCUUACAGGAAGAGGAGAUGGGGUUUGAUCUGCAUGCCACUCAGUCACUGUGACAUGAAGGAAUCUAGGACAGCCCAAUAGCCAUGAAAAGAAAGUGGUGGGUCUGGGUUAUGAAGUAUCUGAUGAGAAAGAGAUAAAUUAUCGGCAUGUUCAACUAAUGCAGUUGGGUGACAAGUAUCUGAAGACCAGGGAUCCUGGAAUGCCAGAUCUACUUUUUUAUGACCAUUGUUUGCUACCCCUGCUUUUAUGUAGGGCCUGAUGCACAUCAGAACAGCAAAAGGACACAUUUCAGAUCAUUUGUAAAGAGAAGACCAGCAGAAAUUUCUUGGAAUAUUCUUCCAGCUUAGGUGAAAUUCUGGAUGGGCAUCACCUUGAAGUGACGCAAUGUGUGUUUACAUAAACAACCUUUCCCUCCUCCCUUCACCCAGCCCCCUCAAUCUAUGGAUGCAUUAUAUAUUGUCUCAGGCCAACAUGACAUCAUCCUAUGUUUGGCUGUGAAUUCAAAGGAGGUUCAGUCAGUUAGCUAGCUGGACUGAUGAAAUAUUCCUAAACCCAUUAUUGCUCCUACAAUGGCCCUGUUAAAAGCAACUUUCCAUUUUGUGCCUGCAGUUUUGUAAAUGCAAGUGCAAUCAAUAUCACUUAGAUGUCAAACUGUUUGGUUGCAAAUAACAUUGAUGAUACCUUCAAAUUUGCAGGCACAAAAUGGGGAGCUGAAUAGAAGCUCCUUUCAAAAUCAGGUCUAUACAGUAUAUUGCCUCACGCACAAGUGGAUCUAACUGCCCUUGGAUAAUGUCACUUAACUAUAGGCUUGUUCCAGUUUUAAAGCUAUCCUGUGGGAAAGGAAGCUCCACAUAGUUAUUUCAGUAGUUAGUUGUUUUAGAUUUCUGUGCUUUUAAGUAAAUAUACAUAGUACCUUGGGGGAUUCCUUUAUUUGUAUUUAGUUCAAUUUUCAAAGGAGCCCAGGCCACUCAGUUCCCAUAGAAAUGAAGUGGGACAUCGGAGCCUAAUUUCCUUAGGCACCUUUGCAGAUCCCAUCCUAGAAGUAUGUCCUGUUCACAUUGAAACUAGCACAGAACUUGUCAUCUCCACUUCAUAGUUAACUAGACGUAUUCAUGGGACAUAUUAUGAUAUGGAUAGAGGUUCCCAUCUGAUCGUAUACAUUGACCCCACUCCCUCCCCAAAAUUUGUUUUCUCCUAAGGAGCACAAAUGCUGUGUUUUCUUUUUCCUGUCAUGGCAGGAGGAAAAAAGUCACUAUUAUCCAUUUGUUGCUACCUAAAGCAGUAACCAAGAAUUUGGCAUCUCUGAUUAGACAUUUAAUUAAUGUAAUAAAACACUAUGCACCACUAAAGUGGCUUUAUUUAAAAUGUCAGCCCAUUAAGUUAGAGUAGCAAUCAAGUGAUAUUGUUUUCAUUCCUGUGUCCAGAAACAGACUGACUACAAGGAUUAGCUAGUCAUCUUCUUUUAAAGACCAUUAAAAAUAAUGAUGUGUUUAGAUGACUUUACAGUCCAUUCUCAAAGGGCCUAUUAGGAAGAGUUUCAAUAAAGUAAAGCCUAGGGUGAGAGAAUGUGUUUGAGAGCAUUUAACAAAUGCAUUUAUAUUUACCACUGUGUGUGCUUCUUAUCUGCUGAAGGUCAUAUUCUGUUCUCAUUUACCCAUGUGCUAUCCCAUUGAGCUAAAUGGCAUUGCAGAGGGUGUAAAUCACAGGACUAGAAGGUUCUCCCUCCACAGCUAUUUUAAUUUCCAGGGGUGAAACUUACCCUUUUUGUGGGAACCUGAGAAGGGAACCCCUUGCAGUGACCGUUUCAGGUUAUGGACUGGGAUAGUGACCAGUGCCUUUGUUCUUUUCAGCAUGCAGGCUGCUGAAUCCACAUAGUCCGGUCAAGCCCUUCCUCUGAUCUGCCACCAAUACACUCCUCCAUGCCAGUUUAUUUGGCAUCAGUAGGAGCCCACUAUGCAGCAUCCACUCAGUCUGCCUGCCUACUCCAUGUAGGGCUACUGCAGGAAGUGGGGAAUCACCAGCUCAGAGGGCCUUGUACUAGCCUUUCAAGGGGAUAUGAAUUCCACGCUUACAGAGCUUCUAUGUGCCUAAUCUUAUAUGUAAGGGAGGAGGUUAUGUGUAGCUUUGUAAUGGGGUUCACUCACCGUUAGGGUGCCUCCUCCUGGCUAUUCAGGUGAUUAGCUCCAUCCACAUCUGAUGCCCUAUUGUUUGCUCUCACCGUGGCCCCUCCCACCCUCUGGGACUCAGCAUGCUCCCUCUCCAUAACUUGGCCCUUGGACCAGGUCACUAUACAUGUUUCCCCUUCCAGAAUACCAAAGUCUCUCCAAAUCAACUGUCCAGUUGCCUUCCCAAGCCAUCCUCUAAUUCAAGACUAUGCCACUUUCCUCAGUGGAGGGGUAUGGGACCCAAGCCUGCCCAUUACUCCAGAUUCCAGCAUAGGGACUCUGUUCAGCAACCAUGGUCCACUGACCCCCAGACCUCAAUGCUAUUUCCCUGCUCUUCUUCCUAUUUUUCUCCCCUAGCUCUACCCCGCCACCUCAGGUUACCAGUAGAGCUCCCUCUGCUAUUCCACCCUUUUCAGUUUCUUGCCAAUUUAUAUUCCAAACACACUUUCCUCCUCCCAGGGAGUGACUGUAGACUACUUCUCCUACAACCCCUUCUGUUUUCAGCUUGCUGGUUUUGUAUGAGACCAGCCUACACCUGCUCAGCUGAAAUUCAUCUUCUAUUAGGGCUUGCCUGGCCAGCCUAAUUCUCUGCCAGGCGCAGUUUUUACUGGGUUAAUUAGCCCCUUCCCAGCUAUCUUAACCCUCCCAGGUGAUGUGUGGAAUGAAUACUUCAUCACAAGCUUAUACAUAAAGCUUUGCAAUGUACCUUAACGCCAACUUUCAACUGGGUGAUUCCCUACCAUAUUCAUCCAUUUGUGCCAGACUGUGGUGGCUUUGUGGUAUAUGCAAAUGCCCACUGCAAACCAGAGUGGGCAUGGCCCCACUAAGUCGCAGGACCUCCUGGUCAACCUCCUCCUGGCCCUGGCUAAAGUGGCCAUCUAUAAAACCAGGGUGAGGAGGUUGGCCGACGGAGUCUCCUGCGACUGCGGGGCCUAUUUCCGAUCCUCUGUCCGUUCACGCCUCCGGGCAGAGUUCCUCUGGGCGGCAUCCACUGACUCCCUUGACGCCUUUGAGGAGCGGUGGGCGCUGUCUGGGGUUCUCUGCUCGGUGUCCCCAUCCGGUUCCCUUCGUUUGACUCUUUGACCGCUCUCCCGUCCCUGUUGUUCAUUAGUUGUCCCCCGUAAUUAUUUGGUUUCCCAGGUCCUCUGGAUCCCCAGCUUAGGCUGCGGGGGGGGGAUCCUUUAGCAGGGGGUGAGCUUCGCCCGCCCACUUCCUGAAUCCCAAUAAGGCAAACCAGAGUGGGACCAACACAUUUACAUCACUAAUGGUCAAGCUACUAUGUUCUUGAAUCUAUUGCAGCCAUUUCUUAUAACCAGGGAUCUGUCUCAUCAUGAAAAAUAUUCAUUAAUAUCAUUCCCAAGUGUUCUAUCAAUAUUAGAUGGGAGAUUUGAAACAAAGGUACUUUCAUAAUCUCUAUCACUUCCCUUGGGAUCCAUUGUAACAAAAACAAUCAGGCUAACAAUUUUUUUUUGCAUUCAGAUACAUUCUCCAUUGUGUAGCCAAACGUUUCCAAAAGUGAAUCAGCUGACAUACAAUAAUGUGUGAGGAGUGCGGAACAACUGAGGGCAAACGUGAAAAAAUAUGCAUAGGUUUUUUUCCCCCUUCCUCUCUUUCAUCCUAUUUGAUGGUGGCUGGAGAGCUGAGUCUACUUCCUAUUCUACAAUCUCCAUUACUUAGAAAUACUACACAUUCCAUUUUGACUGUCAGGCUAACUGCUGUCUGAUGGCUUCUGCUUUGCAAUCAUUCAGGGUAAGCAGAUACCCCACCAGCGUGUGACACUGGUGAGCCUACAGGUUGAAGGUACAGAAUAGAAGCCAGUUAUGGUCAGCCUAAGAGCAAGUUGACUUUGCUAUUAUUCCCAGCUGUUCAUGAGAUCUCUGGUUAACUAGCCCAAGAAGAAAGUCAAAGAAUGGGGAACAAAACUGAAAAUUAUGCAGAACUAUAGUGUCCAGCCAAACGAUAGUACCAGCAUGCUCUGCAGUGCUAUAAAGCAUGUAGCCUGCCUGAAAAUAAACGUCCGAAGUACAAAUGAACUCCACAGAUUUGAGUGAGAACAGAGUUCACUAUUUGCAAUGGAAUUAAGACUGUAUAAAGGGAUGGUUAUCUUGGGUAUGGGGAAAAAAAAACUUUCAUAUACUGUGAUGGCUCAGAAGAAGAUUAUUGUGAGACAACGUGACACUAUCAAUACUUCCCAGAAGUAAUUGCUACGUAUUUCCUGAGACCAGAACAAACAAGGCCCUACAGAACUAACAAGAGGAUCUGCCAAAGAAGAUGCACCUAUUGAAAUGGGAAAAGAAAUCUGUUGGUCUUGUCCAGGGGUUGCUGAAUACAGCUCUCCAGUACUUUCUACCAGAUUGUCCUAUCAUCAGCUUUGCCAAAAAGCAGCAAAGACAGGGCAGCUGUGUUACACUCUGAUGCACCCCAAACACCAGGAAAUCAAAACAAGACACACAGGUAGGUGGUCAAUCAAAAACAUGUAAUAACUCUAAACCAGUUAAGUCAGCAACAGUCCAAAUGGCAGGUACGUAGCAGAAGGAUCAGUGUAACUGCACACACCCAACACUGUGUGUACAUACACACAUGUGCACACCCACCCACACACAGAAGAACAGGAAAUGGAACACUGAAUUCAGGGAGCAGGAACCAGGAAACAAACAGAAACAAGGAGCAGGAAGCAAUAAGCAGGAAGUCAACACAGACCAGUCAUCAGCAUCAAUACUGAAAAUGGUCAUACGAACAAUCCAACCCAAACCAUAGUAGACAGGUUGCCCUAUCGCUAGCUGUUAUCACAUGCCAAGAAGUAGCAAAGACAGCAGGUAGGCCCUGCCUAAUGAUGAAAUAAUAGCGUUUACCCCCAAGAAAAGUAUGGAAAGCACUGGAGGAGUUACACUGGGGCAGGGAAGGGAACAGGCUGAACGCAGCAGCAUAUGUGGAGAGGAGGCAGCAGCACCAUUAGGACAGUUUCAAGUCAGAGCAACUAUCUGUGAGAGUUGUGCAGCUCACGUAUCAAAUAAAAUGUGGCCACAUCUAUCCUAGUCUUGGUAGGGAACUUUAAAGGAUCAAAAUAGUUCACUGGGUAGUUCUUUGUGAGUGCUGAGCUCAAUAUGCAAGGUUGCUAUGUUGUAUUUAAUCAUGCUUCUGCAUCUCCUGCUUUUGUACACUGGUACAGCAAGCAGAUAGGCGGAAGGAGGCAGAAGGAAGGCAAACAGACCUACAUACAAUAUUGUAUUACUUUGGCAAGAGUGGCUCAUUCUUCUAACUGCUAUACAGAGCAAGGUUUCUCUGUAGUGUUCUCCAUCUGUGUAUCUCAGAUUGUUUCAGUGCUGCCUGAUGUAAGCUUUCCUUGAAUUUAUCUAAUUCACAUGGUGUUCUCUCCAGGGUUCCUCAAACCUGGAAAAGUGAUUGUGUUAUUUGUAACGUGUUGUGCACAUUUUCUGUUUUGUACUUAAACUUUGAUUAAAAAUACUGAUAGAAAUGUA